AUGGGUGUCUUGGGGCUAACGUCCGUUCUUGCCAAAGAAUGUCCACAAGUUUUGAAAGAACUUCCUACACGGUUUAAGGCACUCGCCGGGAAGACGGUGGUCAUCGAUGCAACGCUCUUCACAAUACGAUUUCAUUUGACUCGAAAUCCUCUUCCGAGUCGACAUAUCUAUGCUUGGUAUCGGCUUGUCUCAAAACUUCGUGCAGACAAUGUAAAGGUCAUUUGCGUUUUCGAUGGCAAAGAGAGACAUGAAGCCAAGAAGCCAGAGCUUCAACGACGAAAGCAGACCAGAGAUCUCACUACAGCUCGCAAAGAGCUUGAGUACCAGCGUUCACAGCGCCUUGAUAUGCUGUUACCUACUCUUCACGAGAUCCGCGGGCUUCCCGAAACAGAUCAGCCGGUCAUUCAAAGGCGACUUUCAGAAUUUAUGAUCAGAUACCAUCCCAAAGAGAAGGGAAGAGCCUCCCCUACCUCAGGACAGGUUAAUAAUGGGGAAGUUGUCUCUGAAAAGUUCGACAUGAAACCGAUGCUGGACGAACUGGAACAAAUAAGCCCUCCAACCAAGGUCGUAGGAAAGGACAAAAUAGAACAUCUAACAGUUGCACUAACCUCUGCGUACCGUAGCUUUCAAGAAAGUGCAGAACAUGCAGCAGCCCCAUCACCAGAGACAGACGCCGACCCCAGUCCUGGGCGCUCAGCAUCCAAGAACCAGCAUCAGUUAUCAGCGGAAGAGAGUGUUCAGUGGCAAAAGCUCUUGAUGAACGUUGAUGAGGCGUGUCUUGGCUUUCAACAGCUGCUCGUACGCAGUGAGGAACUUUACGAGAGCUAUCAGCGACGGACGGACCUUCCCACGGAUCAAACGUUUGCGGAAUCACGAGAGCUGUUGGUGGCGAUGGGUAUCCCGUGUGUGCAGAGUGAGGCCCCGUAUGAAGGAGAAGGGCUCGCGUCUGCAAUCGCGUUGGCAGGGCAUGCCGAUUAUGUUGCAAGUGAAGACACAGAUGUGAUCGUAUAUGGAGCUCCACUCUUACGCGGUCUCACCAACCAGGCAAAGCCAUUGGUUCUAAUCGAUAGUCAAGACAUUAUCACUGCGCUCACCAUGACACGUGAAGAAUUUAUUGACUUUGCGCUAUUGAUCGGUACCGACUUUACCCAGCGACUGCACAAGGUCGGGCCAGUAGCAGCGCUCAAGCAUACACGAAAGUAUGGAUCCAUCCCUAGAAUUUUGGAAAACGAGAAGAAAAUCCAGCUAUCAAACGACCCAGUCAUAUAUCUGGAGCAGGUCGAAGUAGCGCGACAAAUCUUCACCUCUUUACCCCCCGUGCCGAGCCCCGAUGAGCUGGUACAACGAGAGGGGGAUGAAGAGCGCGUCUCAGCCAUCAUCCACAACGCUGGAUUGUCGAGGAGUAUUCUUGACUUAUCCGAGGACGAGAUCAUACCUGCGUUCUCAGAGGAGGCACCUUUUGGCGAGGACGUCUUUGGAGAUAAACCGCAAGCGUAG